AUGCAGUCGCUCGUGAACAGCAUCGUCUUUGUGCCUCCACAGAACCCCAACAGUCUGCAGCGUGUGCAGCUGCUGCAGCACAGGCGACACAUGAGCUUCACGAGUAAAAAUAGCGGCGAGAGAAUUUCGUACUACCACUUCGAUACAAACGGUAAUCUCGUGACCAAGGACAGCCUCGAGCGGGUGGUGCGCUCCUCCAUGGUUGUACUCUUCCACCACGGCAACGCCGAGGAUCUCGGCGGCACCUUCAGCUACGCGCAGUCCAUCGCCUGCGCCUUUGGCGCGGCGGUGGUGAUAUACGACUACUGCGGUUACGGCUUCUCUGGCUUUCCCGACGCUUCGACCCGGGCGGAGGUGACGGAGAAGAGUGUCUACAGCGAUGCCGAUCACAUGUACGACCACCUCCUUUCCCUCGGCUACCCUGCCUACCGCAUCGUGAUCGUCGGCCGAUCUGUCGGAGGCGGGCCAGCCUGCUAUCUGGCCGAGAAAUACCACAAGGAAGUGGGUGGUCUGGUGUUGAUCUCGACCUUUACUUCCUGUCUGCGCGUCGUCUCGUCUUGUUGCCUUCCAUACCUGUGCUGCUGCCUCGAUUUGUUCCCUAACUACCGCCGUAUUGAUCACGUAAUGGAGUGCCCGGUGCUGGUGAUGCAUGGAACCCACGACGAAGUUGUUCCAUACCGCUGUUCGCGCGAGUUGCUCGAAGAUAUCGUGAAACACCGCACCAGGGCGCUGCAACGGCUCCUGAAGAAGCGUGAGUGGGCGCGGGCAAACCAGGCAAAAGGCUCGACCACGCGUCGAGUUGCCUCAGCAGCACCAAUAAACACCGCGCUGGGAUUCAUGACUGUCGGCGUGUCGGACGAGCUGGUCACCGCCUCCCUCCCGCCCGUUGACGAAGUCAGUGUGUUCGACCUCUACCGCCGCGCCUACGAUAGCCUGCCCGAGGCAGUGCGACGGAUGGCAGAGGAGAGUCUCGACGUUACCGCUGCCGACGUGAGUAUCGGUGUCUUUCACCGGUGGUUCUCUGGCUGCGGGCACAACAACAUCAAGGCACGAGAGGAGCGCGCUUUUUCUGAGGUUUUUAAGUACUUUUUGUGUUUCACAGCCGCCUUCUCGUUGGAGCGGGAGGCGCUGUUGUCAUCCAAGUCGGCCGCUAGUGUAGCUAGGGUAUCUGGUGACUUUGCCCUAAGGGCUCACAGCGAGGACCGCGAGUAG